UGUUUGGAAGGGGCUGCUUGAGAAACGAAACUCCCACCGCAUCACCUCGCCGCGAGGGCUUCUCCUUUGAACCACCGCUGAAGAAAAUACUUCCAUAUCCCGUGGAGUUUCUUUGGACCGGGGGAGGGGGGCAGAGGGCAUGUUUCGCUCUUCCCAAAUCACCCCAGACCCCCUUUUUUGCCCCUUAGUGGAUAAUCACCCCACCACACGCACGCUUUAAAUAAAACUGCAGGGGUUUCUUUUCUUUGCUGUUGUUUUUGUGGAUCUAGAAGGAUUUGCGAAGAGGGAGGAAGGCAGACUUGAACCCGAGCCUUUUUCUAAGAGACUGGCGCAUGCUUCACCUUGCUUCGCCUGGGUCUCCCGCAGCAGGCAGCGCGCGGCGGCCGGCGCCCCCACCGCCCCCCGGCUCCGUCCUCUGUUUCCACUUCAUCCCCAUCAUUUCAGGCUGCUUCUACUGGCUGCCUGGACUCGGCUCCCGGAUUCUUCAUGAGUUGCGGACGACAUGCCCGUUUUUUAGCCGGGGAACCUUCUUCUCGUCCCGCAUGUUCAGGACCAAACGAUCGCUGCUCGUCCGAAGACUCUGGCGGAGCCGUGCGCCCGGCGGGGAGGAAGAAGGCGGCGAGCUUGGAGAGGGGGCCGCCGACAGCCGGGCGCAUGGGGCGGGAGGUGGCGGCGGCGGCGGCGGCGGCGGAGGAGGAAGCCGGGGUUGCUGCAUGGGCAAGUCGGGGAAGCUCGCCAAGGCACACCUCGGAUCGGAGGCUGAACUGAAAGCGCUGACCCACUCGGUGCUGAAGAGGCUGAAGGAGAAGCACUUGGAGGGCCUCCUGCAAGCUGUGGAGUCCCGGGGGGGCACGCGGACCUCCUGCCUCCUGUUGCCCACCAAGGUGGACUCCAAACUGGGCCAGCAUUGGUACUCGCUCCCUCUGCUGCUGUGCAAAGUCUUUCGGUGGCCCGAUCUAAGGCACUGUUCGGAAGUCAAGAGGUUAUGUUGCUGUGAAUCCUAUGGGAAAACGCACCCGGACCUGGUCUGCUGCAACCCCUAUCACCUCAGCAGGCUCUGUGAACUAGAGUCUCCCCCUCCUCCUUAUUCGAUAUAUCCAAUGGAUUUUCUCAAACCAACUGCAAGUUGUCCAGACUCUGUGCCUUCCUCCACUGAGACAGGGGGAACUAAUUAUCUGGCCCCUGGGGGGCUUUCAGAUUCCCACGUUCUGCAAGAGCCGGGGGAUCAGUCACACUGGUGCGUGGUUGCCUACUGGGAAGAAAAAACACGCGUGGGCCGGCUGUAUUCUGUCCAAGAACCGUCCCUGGAUAUCUUCUAUGAUCUACCUCAGGGGAAUGGCUUCUGCCUCGGACAGCUCAACUCGGACAAUAAAAGCCAGCUGGUGCAGAAAGUCCGCAGCAAGAUCGGCUACGGCAUCCAGCUGACCAAGGAGGUCGACGGGGUGUGGGUUUAUAACCGCAGCAGUUACCCCAUUUUCAUCAAGUCGGCCACACUGGACAAUCCCGACUCCAGGACGUUGCUAGUGCACAAGGUGUUCCCAGGCUUUUCCAUCAAAGCGUUUGACUAUGAGAAAGCGUACAGCUUGCAGAGGCCCAACGACCACGAAUUCAUGCAGCAGCCAUGGACUGGCUUCACUGUUCAGAUCAGCUUUGUGAAAGGCUGGGGCCAGUGUUACACGAGACAGUUCAUCAGCAGUUGCCCUUGCUGGUUGGAGGUUAUUUUCAAUAACCGAUGAUGACUCGAGAGACUUAGGCCGGACUCAACAAUGACCUUUUAUAACUACUUUGCUGCUAAAUAUCUCCUUCUGAGUGCUUGCUUUUUCAUGCAAACUUUUUUUGUUCGUUUGUUUUCUGUUUUGAGAAAUAGCUUAUGGAAAGAUUUCUCUCUCCGUGUUUCUUUCCUUCUCUUUAUUUUUUCGGUUUUGGUAUUUCGAUAAGUUUCUU